UUUCAUCUUUUGUUAGGGAUCCUGGGCUCUCCUCUUUUCUCUGAGAAGUCAGAGUCUAAGUGUUCCAUUCCCAGGGAUGGAGUGCCCUUAGGGCCAGGGAGAGUGAAGGCCGGAGGAGGCACCAGCUGGAGAAGGAGGGCAGGGCCUGGAUGCCAAGUCUGGAAGGGAAGGAGCUGCUGGCCAAUCAGGAGUGAGCCGACUGCACCCUGACCUGCUGGGCUGGGACAGCACAGGACCCACAGGUGUCUGUGAGUUGAGUGGCCGCCAUCCACACUCUUGCAGUCACAGUCCUGGGACCACAUGGGGAUGCUGCUGUGGCUUCUUGCCUUCUCCAUUCUGGGUCUCCAGGCCUGGGGGGAUUUCCCACAGUUCUCCUGGAAUGAGACCGAAGCCAGAGGCUCGUCGCAGAGGUUUAUGGGCCUGUUUGGCAGCAUCUCGCAGCUCACUCACAAGAGCCGCAAUGAUACUCCCACCAUUAUCCCCCGCAAGGAAUGGGGGGCAAGACCGCUGGGCUGCAGUGCCCUGCUGACCCUGCCUGUGGCCUACGUCAUCACAGACCAGCUGCCUGGGAUGGAGUGCCAGGAGCAGAGCGUUUGCAGCCAGAUGCUGCGGGGGCUGCAGUCCCAUUCUGUCUACACUGCAGGCUGGUGCGAUGUGGCAUACAACUUCCUGGUUGGGGAUGAUGGCAGGGUGUACGAAGGUGUUGGCUGGAACAUCCAAGGCUUGCACGCCCAGGGCUACAACAACAUCUCCCUGGGCAUCGCCUUCUUUGGCAGUAAGAGAGGCAGCAGUCCCAGCCCCGCUGCCUUCUCAGCCGCAGAGGGUCUGAUCUCCUAUGCCAUCCAGAAGGGUCACCUGUCACCCAGGUAUAUUCAGCCACUUCUUCUGAAAGAAGAGAUCUGCCUGGACCCUCAACAACCAGUGAUGCCCAGGAAAGUUUGUCCCAACAUCAUCAAAAGAUCUGCUUGGGAAGCCAGAGAGACACACUGCCCUAAAAUGAACCUCCCAGCCAAAUAUGUUAUCAUCAUCCACACUGCCGGCACAAGCUGCCCUGUGCCCACAGACUGCCAGACUGUCGUCCGAAACACACAGUCCUUUCACAUGGACACACGGAACUUUUGUGACAUCGGCUAUCACUUCCUGGUGGGCCAGGAUGGCGGCGUGUAUGAAGGGGUUGGAUGGCACAUCCAAGGCUCCCACACUUACGGAUUCAACGAUAUUGCCCUAGGAAUUGCCUUCAUCGGCAACUUUGUAGAAAAGCCUCCAAAUGCUGCAGCACUGGAAGCGGCCCAGGACCUGAUCCAGUGUGCGGUAGUCGAGGGGUACCUGACUCCCAACUACCUGCUGAUGGGCCACAGUGACGUGGUCGACAUCCUGUCCCCUGGGAAGGCUUUGUACAACAUCAUCAGCACCUGGCCUCAUUUCAAGCACUGAAGGAGGCCCUGCUCCUUCCAAGACUGCCCUCCCUCCCCUGCUGGGCCUCUCCCAUCCUCACCAGCCACCCUGGCUCAGCACCUUGUGUUCCCCUCCCCUGCCAGCCCAUCCUGUCCCUCCUUUCUCAGGUUAGGAUAGUCACAUCCUAACCAGCAUCCUGCCAGCAUCCUCCAGGAGCCCCAAGACCUUGCGGCUGCGCAUUCACAGCCCUCUUGGUCUGAGUUCAGACUCCCUGCCUCCUUACCUUCCUCUCCCCCAGGGCACCUACUUCCUCAGCCAGGCGAGACAAUGAACUGGUCCUUGUGGCAUCUCUCUCUCUCUCUCCCUGUGCCCCUCUGCCUGGUGAGCCUUCCCUGUUGUCUGCCUGGAAGCCCUCACCUUUUACCCCUUGCUCAUGACCAGGUCAGCGUGCCCAUACCUCCUCUCUGCUCACAUAUGGACUGGUACAUAUUUGGAUGCAGCCCCUACUUUUCUUAAGGGCUGUAAUUGUUUAUAGAUGUGUCUGUCCUCUCCUCUGUGUUGUAAGUUUCUCCAAGGGAGGAACUGUAUUUUAUUCACAUCUGUCCUCAGUACCUCAGCAGUGUUUGGAGUUUAAUAGGUUCUACAAAUGUUUGUUAAAGAAAGCAU